GGCGGGGACGGGCGGGUAUCGGUGGAAUCGGCAGCGCGACGCACAGAUGUCGACGGCUGGAGUUUGAUUCUUAGUUUGCCUUCAAGAUUUGGCCUAUGACUGCAAUGAGUGAAGAUAAAGACAAACGACAUCCGUCUGUGCAUUGAUCAGGGCAGCUCCAGAAAAUCCUAGUCCUGGGGUAACGGCAGCUCCCAUGUGACAGCUCAAGGAAGGAGGAGAAGCUUCUCACAAAAAUGAUUUGAAUUGGCAACAAGCAUCAAGAUGGAGCAGUUCCAGCGUGCCCACAUGGUGGCUCCAGCAGCUUCCACAGCCACUGCACCAACUUCCACAAUGAGUGCAUAUACCUACAGUGGAUUAGAAGAGUUCCUGGUGCCUGCUCCAGUACAAGUUGACAUUGGGAACAAUGUUGCAAGACAAAUAAGUCAACAGAUACAACAUGUGCAAUUCACAAAUGUUUCACAGAUGCAGCCAGUACAGUUAACUGCUGCUACCACUAACCCCUCAUCAAGAACUUCCCAAAGUCCGGCACUAGGAACACAUGUAGGAACGUCUGUUGAACCUCCACCACCAGCGAAGUCUUCGUCUAGAUCACGUGUAAGAAGUGGUACUGGAGAGCGUGUCGUUUGCCCAGAAUGUGGGAAAUCUCUAGCAUGUGGACCAAAUCUUACGGAACACAUGCGCACACAUACUGGAGAACGUCCAUUUGUUUGUCAUGAGUGUGGGGCUUCCUUUGCUGCAAAAUCAAAUCUUAGAACUCAUAAACGAUUGCAUACAGGUGAAAGACCAUACAUGUGUGGUGUUUGUGGUAAAACUUUUUCACAAAGUUCUCAUUUGCCAAGUCACAUGCGAGUUCACACUGGGGAAAGACCAUAUGAGUGUCCUGAGUGUCCUAAAUCAUUUUCAUCUAGCACAACCUUGAGAAAUCAUCUUCGUAUACAUAGAGGAGAUUGCCCAUUUAAAUGUGAAUACUGUGGUAGAGGAUUUGUGUGUAAAUCAUGGCUUCAAGAUCAUUAUAAGGUACAUACUGGAGAAAAACCUUUUCAGUGUGACAUUUGUAAUAAGUGGUUUAAAGAUAAAUCCUAUAUAACUAAACACAAAAUGAAAUAUUGUGGCAAUGAUGGCUAUAAGAAGAGAUGGAGACGUCCAGGAGUGAAGAAGCCACCAGGGAGAAAACCAGGUGGAAUAGCAAAGGCCAAAGUAUAUGAGGAAGAGGAUGCUGACCAACCAAAGCGUCCAAGAGGGCGUCCAAAAGGCUCAAAAAACAAAAGGGGGAGGAAACGGAAACCGGUGAACGUGAGGAAAAAGCGUAGCAAUGCAGCAACAGAUUCUGACGCCGAAUUUGAAGAGAUGCUACAAGAACACGAGUCGGAGAGACCUGAGGGAAGCGGUUCAGAAAAACUAGAAGGCGAUGGUGAUGGUAAAGAAAGGCAGCAAUUGUUAGAUUCAGACAAACAUGAAUUUUUAGAUUCUGAAAGACAGGAAUUACUUGAAGCAGAGAGGCAUGACAUGCUUGAAAUAGAAAAACAAGAAAUACUCAAUUCAGAAGUAGAUGGCACUACCUCCAUUCAGGAAGAAUCUUCAGUUGAAGAUGUUAAGGGAUCUUAUUUACAACUAAAUGCCAUCAGACUAAGUGACACACACCAGCAUGAGGACCCUCGGCAAGAUCACCGGCAGGAGCAGAAACACCACCAUUACCAGCAGCAGUAUCAGUUUGAAGCCUCUGCAGAUCAGUCAACAUCAGAAGCUCAUUCUGGCAAGAACAGCGAUUCACUCUCCAUACAACAUAUUCCUAUGGUGCAGCUACAUGUACACAUGCCCCAUACUUCACUACCAACUCAUGUUCAGCAAACACACAUGCAGCAAAAUCAUGUCCAUCAGUCAAUUUCUCAACCUCAAAACCUUGUGCAGCCACAGAAUCUUACACAGUCCCAGAAUCUUGUGCAACCCCAAAACCUUGUUCAACCACAAAAUCUUGUACAGCCACAAAAUCUUGUUCAGCCUCAGAACUUAGUGCAGCCCCAGAAUCUUGUUCAACCACAAAAUCUAUCUCAGUCAGAAAGCCUAAACCAACCGCAAAAUUUAUCACAACCACAAAAUCAUUCUCAGCCUCAUAAUCUCUCACUAUCUCAGAGUCUUUCUCAACCACAAAACCUUUCUCUGGCUCCAAAACUAGUUCAGUCCCAUAGCAUGCAUCAGCCCCAAAACUUGUCACAGCCCCAGAAUCUUGCUCAGCCACAAAAUUUAUCCCAGCCACAAAAUCUCUCCCAGUCCCACAGCCUGUCGCAAACUCAGUCACUGUCACAACCACAGAAUCUUUCUCAGUCACAAAAUUUAUCACAGACUUCAAAUAUGUCUCAACCCCAAAAUCUAUCACAAAAUGAUAAUUUGUCUCAGCCCCAGAAUCUCUCACAGCCUCAAAAUCUUUCUCAGCCGCAGAACUUAAGUCAAACCCACGUUUCAUUACAGGAUCAUUUAACGCAGCUAAACCAACCUCACCAGACCAUACAUAUGGUUUACUAUAACCCAUACUUCCACCUCUGCAGACCUUUUGAGAACCCUUUUACUGUCGCUCCACAGCCCGCUGCCCUGGUCACGACCGUUGAAAUUGCCCUGGUCAGUCACGCACGUGUGCCAGUUGUGGUGGCUCCCAUAUUUGAUGCCCAGAUUUAUCGCCCUACAGCUAAUACAACGGCUUUGAUGAGAGACUUCCGCGGAGGCUUCCGACUACUCCUAUCGGGCGGCGUGACAAAAGCUGAAUAUUUCGCUAAUCCUGCCUGGAUCAUUGCGUGGCUGAACUCAGUGACCAAAGUCUUGCUUCAGUCUAAUUUAAAAACAAGAGGCCAUAGCAUUGCAUUGUGCCUAGACCUAUGGAUCAUGAUAAUUUCAGUAAUUUAUGGAAACAGUUUCAGUGUGACACCUAGCCACAGUAUUUCAGGAAGGGAGGCACUGAGGUUGAUCAGCUCAAUAUCAAGUGUUGUGACAAUCUGUCGAGUGUUCUGUACUAUAGAAGAUGACUUGCUAUUAAGAAUGCUCUUGCCUUCUAUUAAUAUAAUUUUUGAGUGGAAUUAUGAAGUGAGAGGAGCAGGGGCCCUAGAGUGGAGUGUCACCAUGUGUCAGCAUUUAAUCCUGAAUAAGCAAAUUGGAAGCCAGCAUCAGAAACAACCUGAUAUCCCAUACUUACAAUACUGGCCAUUGGCGAGAUUCAAGAUGGAGCAAAGUCAGAAUACAUCGGGUAUGAUGUGGUACAACUGCAAUACAGUUGAUGGCUUUAUUACCUCAAAUGCACCAGUUCAAGUUGAAAUAGGCACUGUUGAUAUUGCAAGACAAAUCAAUCAGCAAGUGCAGUUGCAGUAUGGGAGUCUUCAAGCCGUUCCUGCCCAGCCUCAACAUCAGAUCAUUGUGGCCCACCAUCCACAGCACCAUCCUCCACCUCCAACACCCGAGCCUCCUGUUACUCCCAAACCACCCAAACCUCGUGCCAGGCCAGCAAAUGGCGAGCGGGUUCCAUGUACAGAGUGCGGGAAGACCUUCUCCUGUAAUGCCAAUUUGCGAGAUCACAUGAGGUUGCAUACUGGUGAGAGACCUUUUAGCUGUAGUGAGUGUGGGAUGUCAUUUGCUCAGCGUUCGAAUUGGAGGUUACAUAAACGUGUUCAUACGGGAGAGAGACCUUACAUGUGUGGCAUAUGUGGAAAAACCUUCUCGCGUAGCUCCCAUUUACCAGGUCACAUGAGAGUUCAUACAGGGGAACGGCCAUAUUCCUGCGAACAUUGUGACCAUGCUUUUGCAUCAGCUCAAGCACUUAAAAAUCAUGCUCGUACUCAUACUGGAGAGAAGCCAUUUGUAUGUGAAUAUUGUCAGACUGCUUUCACACACAGUUCAUCGUUAUCUUCACAUAAGAAAAGGUGUACUGGUGAAAAGAGAAAACGUGGUAGACCAUUAGGAAGUGGUAGAAAAGCUUACCGGAAAAAACCCACCGGAAGACCUCGGGGAAGACCAAGGAAGAAGGUCAGGUAUGGAAAGAGAGGUCGAAGGAAGAAUCCUGUGAAUGAGGAUGCAGCCAUUGACUCAAAGGAAGGAGCAAAAACACUGAUUAAGGCUGAGAUCCAUGCCGACAGCAAUGACGAUGCUCAAGGGGCUGGACAAGCAACCAUUCAGGCGAAGGAAGAACUUGAAGAAAUACCAACUGUUGAAAUUGAUCCAGAGUCCAUAAAUGUGGAGCAUGGUGCCUUGGAUACUGAUCCAUUAGCACUAGAUGAAACAAUGUCACACGAGGAGGUUCUUAACCAAGAAAGUAUACCUCAGGAAAACCAUCUCACCCAUGAAAUGGUGCGAGCUGAAGAAGUAGUGUCUGUUGCAGUGGCGUCAGCUGGACUAGAGGAAACAGCUGAUUUGCAUCAAGAGGCAGCAGUUGCUAUGGCUGCAUUGCAUGAGGGAGCAGCACUUAACUUAGCUCAUCACCAGCUGCCUCAAGAAACCUAUGUUGAAAGAGAUGCUUCUCAUACUAUGUGGUACCCAAAACAACCUUAUUAAGUUGUGUGAUUGUCUUAUACAGAUAUCUUCAACAUAAUUUUUUCCCCCCAACUUAAUCUUUUCUUUUCAUUUAGUAAUUUUCACCUUGAAUAAUAGAUAUUGGCAUGAUUCCUUCACUGACCCAUAUCCCACAAUGCGGUGGUAAUGACCAAACAUGAAGUGGUCGUGGAAUUCCAGAAAAAAAAUGUCAUUUAGUGUAUUAUUCACUGUUCCAAAUGGAACACAUGGUUUUACUUUUAAUAUUAUUUUUGUACUGAACUAAUAACUGCUUAUGUAUUUUGUAGGCAAGUUUCACAAUGAACAUCAGGAGGAAAUGCCUUGUAAAUCGUUGAACUUUUAUAGAACUUUAUAUGUAUAUAUAUAUGUAUAUUUUUUUGUGAUCCUUGUAAAGCUUGAAAGAAAGAAAAAAUUGUUAUAUGAUUUAUGCAAGUUCAUUACUUCCACAUUGUGAAACUAUUGCUCGUUCAGUUAUUUUAGUAUAUAAGAAAGAAAAAUAAGAUUUUACUCCUGACCAAUCAACUGUUGUACAGUGAGGAAAAGAUAUUGGAUUUAGUUGAAUUGUAGUAAGUCACUUCUUAUAUGCGGUAUUCAUCGUAACAAUUACUGUUAAACAUUGAUAUUUCAGAUAUACAAAAGGUUAUUGUUUGAAAACUGAAUAUGUAGUUUCUCACUUCUGUCAUAAUAAAUCUUGAGAAUUUUU